AGUAAUAAUUUCGAUUGAAUGUUUACUUUGUAUUUGUCGUCGUUCUGUACAACUAGUGUACAACUACGAAUUAAGUAUGAGUGGAGUAACAAAAUUUAGCAGGAUAUUAACUCCCAUUUUUCGAAUGAAGAAAAUCAACUGGAAAUAUCCUAAAUUUGAACUUAGAAAGAUAAUUCAGUUGGUUACAUUACAUCAAAGGUCAUCGUUCAUAAGUUUUCUGCCAUCUUGGACUGUUUUAUUUAUUGCUGCAUGUAAGAAGAACGAAAAAAUGGAUUUUAGACAAUAUGAUAAAGUCAUAAAAACAGCCGAUGAAAUGUACGAUAAUAAGAAGUAUAAAGAGGCUUAUGAUCUUCUACACCAAGAGAGUUUCAUGGAAAACGAUGAAGUUUUAUGGAGGUUAGCGAGGAUAUGCUAUGAAUUAGCUCACGUUACAAAAGCAAAUGAAGAAAGAGUUUCUUUACUACGCGAAGCGUUCUCUUACGCAGAAAAAGCAAUUCAAAUUAAUGACAAUAAUAAUAAUUCUCACAGGUGGUACGGCUUAUUAUUGGAUUAUGUUGCAAGAGAAGUUGGUACGAAAGAACGACUCAUUAAAUCGAAACUUGUUCGAAAGCACAUAGAGAAAGCGAUAGAAAUAUGUCCAACCGAUACGACUUCACUUUAUAUAUUAGGAAAUUGGUGUUAUUCGUUUGCUGAUUUACCCUGGUAUCAAAGAAAAAUUGCAUCUGUUAUUUUUGCCUCGCCACCAACUUCAACGUAUGAAGAAGCUUUACAGUUUUUUGAAAAAGCGGAAGAAAUCGAACCGAAUUUUUAUAGUAUGAAUUUAUUAUAUCUUGGAAAAACAUAUUUAAAACUAAAUCAAAAAGAAAAAGCAGUUAUUUGUCUUGAGAAAGUAAAAAAUUAUCCGCUAAAAACCAGAGAUGAUCAGGAGGCAUUCAAGGAAGCUGUUGAACUCUUAAAAUCACUAAAAUAAAAGAAAAUUUGAAAUAUUUCAUUAUAAUUUUUACAAAAAUAAUACUAUAUCUAAAACUAAGAAUUUUCAUAAUUUUCUAUUAUAAAGAUAUAU